UACGUACCAAAAUAUAUAAAGAAGACAUCUUUAAUUAUUAUAGGCAUUGGUAUAAAUGGUGUUAUAAAGCCCGUCCAUUAAAGUGGUAGCACCCUCAGUGGGCACGAAUGACUCAGAAUAACUGUAGUUAGGAUCCAUGUUUCACAAAAGGUUACCUUUUAUGCACUAGUGAAUAGAGCGUGUAGAGCGGUGUAGAGGGCCUACAUUUUCGUAGUACUUGAUACUAAUAUGCAUUCACAAUUUUAUCUUCCAUUUCAAAUGGGCAAUGUUUAUGUAGCGACCGAGGAGUCUUAUGUUUGAACAUCCGCAUAGUGGAAAGAAUAAAAUGUAGUAUAGUAGUACUGACAUGUGUGAUAGAGGUUUUGUAUAAUUUCGCUGAAAUAUUGCACAAAGUGAAGAAAAUAAAACACUGAUAAAAGCCAAAAUCGUGUUGCAUUAGUACGCAGGCUGUAACAAAAAUAGGUUAAACACGUCACUUCAGUAUUCAUAACGUGAUAAAUAAGUCUCAUUUUAAAUGCGCUCUUCUCAAAAUAUAAUAUUACGAAUUCCUCGAAGUGUUAGCAAAGGAUUAUUUUCAGAUCGACAUGGAAUACAAUAUAGUAGCACUUCGAAGCCGCGUUUAACGGCGGAAUACUGCUUGGACUUGGUUAGGCAGCAUGACUAUGAAAACUUUUUGUGCACCCUGUUGCUACCAAGCCAGAGUCGAACAUCAGCUUUUGCUAUCAGAGCAUUUAAUAUUGAGAUAGCAAAAGUUCAAGAUCAAGUUAGUGAUCCUCAUCUUGGAAGAAUGAGAAUGAAAUUCUGGGAGGAAAGUGUGGAGAAAAUGUAUGUUGAAGAUACUCCCAAUCAUCCUGUAGCCAUAGAACUUCAUCGUGCAACCAAAAGACACAAGCUUUCCAAGAGAUAUCUGAAGCGUCUCAUAUCAGCACGAGCAGGUCGGUUAACGUCUGCAGCAUUUCCUGAUAUGGAAGCAGUGGAGCAUUAUGCAGAGCUGUCUGUGUCAUCUGUCUACUAUCUCUUGCUGGAAGCAUCUGGUAUAGAGAAUAUUCACGCUGAUCACACAGCCAGCCAUCUUGGAAAGGCCCAUGGUAUUGUGAAUCUGAUCCGUUCUGUACCAUACCAUGCCCAACAGAAGGUAGUGGCCUUGCCUCAAGAUGUGUUACUGCAACAUAAUGUACCUCAUGAGAUGGUGUUACGUACUAGCUGCACAGCAGGUUUGAAGGAGGCUGUGUUCGACAUUGCAGCUCGAGCCAAGCAGCAUCUCGAUAAGGCAAGGUCUUUAAGUAACAGCUUGCCCAAGUCGGCGUAUCCACUUUUUCUGCCAGCAGUAGCUAUUGACUCUUACUUGGAGAGACUCCGUCUAAAAGGCUUCGACAUUUUCGAUACUACAUUACAGAAGAGAAAUAGUUUGUUGCCAUUUCUUUUGUUCUGGAAUAAACUUGUAUCCAAAUACUGACACCUGUAUAUGACGCCUGUACCUAGAGUUUAUGUUAAUGAUGCUCAUCAAUAUGAUAAUGAAUAUUUAUCUCAAUAAAUUGUUUAUAUAAAAAUAAUAUACAAAACUAUUAAUUUUGUCU